GUGGCGAGGAGGCUCGCUCGCUGUGGAUUUUUGCUUGUGUCUAUGAAGCUGCGGAGCUCGGGAUUGCAGCGACGCAGCAGAGGGGAGGGAGAUCCGUGAGAAAGGGGAGGUGCUGAGAAGACCUAAUCCGCUCUCUCUUAGGGGCCUGGAGUUUGUUCGCCAUGGACCAGCUUGGCGUGCUUCUGGGCCAAUUUUUGGUGCCCGACAACGCGAGUCGGAAGCAGGCCGAGGAGCAGAUCCGCCGCCUCUCCAAGGAUCCGCUUCUCGUGCCCGCUUUGUUGCACCACGUGCGCUGCUCUCCUUACCCUGAGGUUCGCCAAUUGGCUGCUGUGUUGCUGAGGAAGAAGAUCACCGGGCACUGGAUGCAGCUGUCUGCGGAGAUGCGCAACAAUGUCAAGUCUACCUUGCUGGAAAGUAUCACCCUGGAGAAUAGCCCUCCAGUCAGAAGGGGGAGCGCCGACGUCGUUAGUGUAGUUGCCAAACACGCAGUGCCUGCAGGAGAAUGGCCAGAACUGUUGCCAUUCCUCCAUCAGUGCAGUCAGAGUGCUCAGGAAGACCACCGCGAAGUGGCGUUGAUUCUUUUCAGCUCUUUGACAGAGACCAUUGGCGACCUUCUUCGUCCUCAUUUUGCCACUCUCCAAAGUGUUUUCAUUACUGGUUUAAAUGACCAACAGAGCAACCGAGUUCGUGUGGCUGCACUUAAGGCUGUCGGAGCACUUGUGGGCUACAUUCAGUCUGAACAGGAAGUUAUGAUGUUCCGAGAGUUGAUUCCACCAAUCUUGAACGUCUCGCGCUUGUGUCUUGCCAAUGGCGAUGAAGAUGUGGCUAUAUUAGCAUUUGAAAUUUUUGAUGAGUUAAUUGAAUCAGCAGCUCCGGUACUGGGACCGACUAUCCCUGUGAUUGUACAAUUUGCACUUGAGGUUUGCUCAAACAAGCACCUCGAAGCCAACACUCGUCAUCAGGCAAUUCAAAUCAUAUUUUGGUUGGCGAAGUACAAACCCAAGACAUUGGUGAAACACAAAAUGGUUACUCCUAUUCUGUCGGUUAUAUGCCCCAUCUUAGCUGAACCUGAAUCUCGAACUCAUGAGGAUGAUAUUGCAUGUGAAAGGGCGGCUGCUGAAGUCCUUGAUACCAUGGCUACAAGCCUGCCUAAGAAACAUGUGUUUCCACCAGUUCUGCAUUUUGCCACGUCUAACUUUCACAAUCCAGAUCCCAAUUAUAGGGAUGCAGCAGUUAUGUCAUUGGGUGUGAUAUCGGAAGGUUGUUACGAAGCCAUGAAGUCCCGGCUAGAGGACGUUCUUUCACUUGUAUUAGAAGCAUUGAAGGACAAAGAGCAGGCGGUGAGAGGGGCUGCAAGUUUCGCACUAGGUCAAUUUGCGGAGCAUCUACAGCCUGAAAUCAGCGAACACUACGAGCGUGUCCUUCCAUGUAUAUUCGCAGUUCUCAGUGAUGCUGUGCCAGAUGUGCAGGAGAAAGCAUUCUAUGCACUGGCCGCAUUCUGUGAGAAUCUUAAGGAGGAAAUUUUGCCUUACUUGGGCCCACUUAUGGAAAAGUUGAUGGAGGCUCUGCAAAGCCCUCGCCGAGAUAUUCAGGAGACUUGCAUGUCUGCCAUAGGGUCAGCUGCUGCGGCUUCUGAAGCGGCAUUUGUUCCUUACACUGAGCGGGUGCUGCACCUCAUGCAAGGAUUUAUGACUUUGACGAAAGAUGAGGAUUUACCCGCUCGAGCUCGUGCAACAGAGCUGGUCGGUAUCGUUGGUAUGGCAGUUGGACGAGGCGUUAUCGGGCCAGUUCUUCCAGGCUUCAUCGAGGCUGCAAUUGAGGGAUUUGAAUUGGAAUUUAGUGAAUUGCGAGAGUACACACAUGGUUUCUUUAGCCAUGUUGCUGAAAUUCUGGAAGAGGACGUGGUUCCGUAUCUGCCCCGUUUAGUUAUGCUUGCUUUGCAAUCUUGCAACCUUGAUGACGGGACGGCAUUUGAACUGGCCGACUCUGAUGGUGAUGAUAACAUUGGUGGUGCAAUUGGAGGUCUCUCAUCCGAUGAAGAUGAGGACACUGAUAACAAGAGAGUUCGGAAUUUCAGUGUUCGGACAGGAGUUUUGGAUGAGAAAGCAGCUGCUACCCAAGCACUUGGUUCGUUUGCUCUUCAUACAAAAGCUGCUUUUAUGCCAUAUCUAGAAGAAGCAUUGAAGGUGAUGCAGAAGCAUGCUGGCUACUUCCAUGAGGAUGUGAGAAUUCAAGCUGUCAUUGCCUUCCAACAUUUGCUAACUGCAACCAAAGCAGCUUUUCCUAGCGAUACCAUCUCUCCAGAAGCCAAACAUGUCUUGGAUCUGAUUAUGGAGCAGUACAUCAAGCUCAUGAACGAGGACGAUGAUAAAGACACAGUCUCUCAAGUGUGUACUUCCGUGGCGGAGAUCGUGAAAUCUGUCAGUUAUGACAGUAUUCAGAAGUUUCUCACACCCUUAUGUGAGGCUACACUCUGUUUGCUGCGCCAGGAGGCUGUUUGUCAGCAAACGGGAGAUACCGAUAGUGAAGGUGAUGAGGAUGACAUGGAGCAUGAUGAACUUCUCAUCGAUGCUGUAACGGACAUUCUGCCAGCUAUUGGAAAGUGCAUGGGCCCUGGAUUUGGGCCUCUCUUCCGUCCUUUCUUCGAGCCCUUGAUGAAAUUCGCGAAAGCUUCUCGCCCCCCCAAUGAUCGGACAAUGGCAGUUGCAUGUAUUGCUGAGGUGGCGAAAGAGAUCGGAAAUUCUAUCACUCCCUACGUUGAGAUUACCAUGCCAAUCGCUCUGAAGGAGCUUGCGUCACCAGAUGCGACGAAUCGGCGGAAUGCGGCGUACUGUAUUGGCGAGCUGUGUAAGAAUGGAGGAGAAGUAGCACUACAAUAUUACAAUAACAUCCUAGUUGCACUGCACCCACUAUUUGGGGCUGGAGAGGAUAACGGUACGAGAGACAAUGCAGCUGGAGCGGUUUCUCGCAUGAUUACCGCACAGCCCCACGCGCUUCCUUUGAGUCAGGUUCUACCAGUCCUUAUUUCAGCUCUUCCCUUGAAGGAGGAUAUGGAGGAAUGUGAAAUCGUGUAUGGUUGCCUAUGUGGGCUUGUUUUAGCUGGUCAUUCGGAGAUACUUCCUCUGGUCCCACAGCUGAUAUCCGUUUUCGCGAAGGCGGUGGUGGCCAACGAGACGCCGUCAGAUGUCAAGCUAGGUAUUGGCCGAGCCGUAAUGCAAUUAUGCUCACAAUACGGUGACCAAAUGCAGUCAGUUCUCGGUAGUUUGCCUCCGGAAGAAGCCACUGCUCUCAGUACUGUGAUGAAGCAGUGAAAAUGAAUCGAGCUUGAGUUGGAAAUCAGCUGGCGAAUAGAGUUUGCUUAUGUUACAAUUACGGGUUGUUUGUAGGAUUAGGAAAUGCAUACAUAAUUUAGAAAUGUAUGUUAUGAUGUUAAGUGUCACCAUUGUUUACGGUGUGAUAUUGCCCUUUACAAGGGUUCAAAUGAUAGGUCGGAAUGUGUAGCUUGUCUUUAGGUUACCCCAAUUUUCGGUACACCAUGCACACCCUGGUAUUAAGUUCGGCUUUUUCACUUAGUUUGGUAACCUUUGAUAGUUUGGCAAGUGCAGGUAUAUUUAUUUCGUACAAUUAGUGGUGAUCUCCACCAAAGAGCUGUCAUUAAUUCACAGUGUCUCUAAUUGAAUGACGAAUCUGUUAUUGAAAGCUUUUUCUU